CACGCGGCCGCGCCGACGGCGACGACGGCGCUCCACCUCGCGGCGCGUCGCGGCGCCGCGGACGCCGCGGAGGCGCUCCUCGACGGCGGCGCGGACGCGGACGCGCGCGCGUCCAGCGGCCGGUCGGCGCUGGACCUGGCCGCGAAGCACGGCCACGUGGGCGCCGUCCAGCUGCUCCUGCGCCGCGGCGCCGUCGUCGACCGCGCGGGCGCCGACUGGACACCGCUGCACAUCGCCGCUGAUUUGGGCCAACGCGACGCAGCAGUCCUGCUGCUCGACGCGGGCGCGCGAGUAGAAGAUCGAAAUUGGAAUGGUCGGACCGCGCUCCACUUCGCAGCCAUGGACAAUCACACCACGAUGUGCAGACUGUUCCUGAGUCGCGGUGCGUCGCUCGAC